UAUUCCUCUCUUUACCUGUAUGCGGGAAUACAUGUUGUUUCACUUACGAAAUACCAUGCUGUUUUCCCUUCUCUCUUCUCGACACGCCCCCCCUUUUCCCUUGUCUAUACAUGGGGGUGUGUGAGUGAGAGCUGAGCGCUGCGUUGUCGACAUACCACCUCCAAUACAUGUCGGUGUAUUUGCAUCUGUAGGUAAUAUCAUGUAGCUGUGCGUGUACGCGGUACCGUGCCCUAUCUGUAUGUUAUGAUUGUAGUAGAACUACCUUGCCUAUCAUGGUCUGGCCUGGAGGGGGCAGAGAUAUCACAUAUAGCCCCCAAAAACCCUAGCCUAGGGGGCGUGAGCAUGGAAAACGUGUUUGCGUCGUUUGGUGCAAAAAAGCUGAUUGCUCUGGUGGCGACAAGGGGGAGGGAAGAGCCCAAAGGGUGUAGGCGAUUGAAUCCCUCAUGUUAGUUGAGAAGCCGCAUGCAAGGUUGCUAUUGUUAUCACAGCCCAGCUAUCUGGGUCAAAAAGAUUUUUUUUUUGUCUGUCUUGACCGCUCAGGCUCAGCUGUGCAUAAAGCCUGCCUCCAGUCCUCUGCUUUUCCCUCCUUUUUUUUCACAGAGUUCAGGUUCACUCUUCCUCCUUCUCCCUUUCAUCAAGGCUCUUCUUCGCUUUGUAUUGAAACUUGCAAGAAAAAGAGACGGUCAGUUGGCUUAUACACUGCCCGUAUCUCGCUUGUUUUAAUCAAAGUUGCCCAAGAAGACUUGAAAAUAAAAUCAAAACUUUUCAUCUUCUCUUCAUUUUGAAUUUCACCUCCUUUUUUGACUUCAAUUUUCAAUCAUGCCUGAAAACGUUGCCCCCGAGCCGGACGAAAAGGAAGCCAACGACCUCCGCAUCACCUUUAACGAUGUUACACAUCCAUCAGGCCGUGUUGGCCGCAGCAAUGCGGCUGAUGCUGAGCAGGGUCUCCCUCUGUCUCGCAAGAGGUCCAUGAGUCGCGGUUCGGUCAACAGCCGUCGCGAUCUGCCCUCUUCGCCUUACUCCGGGGUCCAGAUUGAAUAUCGAACCUUGUCUAUUCACGUCUCCGAGUCCCGCCAGGUCGAUUCUGAUAAUUUGCCUGAUAUCAAGGAGAAAAAGGACAACAAGGAAGAGUACUUCUCCAACUUGACUUUUCAUGAGCUCGAGGUCGAUCAGCUCUGCCAACAGCUCAAUGUCUCUCAGGAGAUGGGCCUGUCGGAGAGUGCUGCCGCGUUGAGAAUUCAACGAGAUGGAAGGAACACGCUGCCUCACCCCAAGCCAAACUAUCUGAAGAAGCUUCUGAUGUAUGUCUUUGGCGGCUUCUGUUCCGUUUUGUGGGUGGGCGUCAUCAUCUUCUUCAUCUGCUGGCGACCCCUGAGCAAUCCUCCUUCUCCUACCAACUUGGCUCUCGCCAUUCUUGUUCUCAUUGUCAUUGUCCUCCAGGCUGGCUUUUCUGCCUUCCAGGACUGGUCUACUUCUCGUACUAUGAAUUCCAUCAUCGACCUUCUCCCUUCAGACGCUCUGGUAUGUCGUGAUGGCCAGUUGAUGAAAAUCAAGGCUACCGAGCUUGUAAGCGGAGAUAUUGUCCAUCUGCAGAUUGGCAACAAGGUGCCUGCGGAUAUGCGAAUCAUCAAUCACUCUGGUGAUCUUCGCUUUGACCGUGCCAUCCUGACUGGAGAGUCUGAUGAGGUUGAUGCUUCGGUUGACCAGACUGAAGAAAACUUCCUGGAGAGCCGCAACAUUGCUCUUAUGGGCACUCUGGUUGUCAACGGCAGCGGUGUUGGAGUUGUUGUCCUGACAGGUCCUCGCUCCGUCAUGGGCCGCAUUGCAAAGGCUACUGCGUCGGCAGAGGAGCGACCAACUCUGAUCCAAAGAGAAAUCACCCGAUUCGUCUACAUCAUUGUUGCCUUGACCGUUGUUCUCGCUCUCAUUAUCCUCCUAACAUGGGUUGGCUGGCUGCGUAAAGACCACCCCGACUACAUGAAUGUUGUGGCCAUGCUCAACAAUGUCAUGGGAUGCGUCGUCGCCUUCAUUCCCGAGGGUAUGCCUGUCGCUGUCGCGCUGACUCUUAUGAUGGUGGCAAAACGCAUGAAAGCUUCCAAUGUUUUGCCCAAAGGUCUUUCUACCGUCGAAACGCUGGGCUGUGUCAAUGUCAUCUGCUCCGACAAGACUGGUACUUUGACUCAGAAUCAAAUGCAUGUCAACUCCCUCGCCUUCCUCGACGAGCCCAUUGCUAUCCAAGACCUCUACAACAACCUCGCAAGCGACAAGGUCGAUGCCGGAAUGAAGAAGCUUCACCAGGCCGCUUCUCUGUGCAACGACGCCACCUUUGAGCCGUCUACCCUUCAUCUCCCUGUUGCCUCCCGUACCAUUCAAGGCAACGCCACAGAUGGUGCUGUUCUCAGAUUCUCUGCUGGUGCUCCUACAACCCACGAGAAGGCAGCAGACCAGCCCACCAAGGUCUUCCAGAUUCCCUUCAACUCCAAGAACAAGUGGAUGCUCACAAUGUACAAAAUUCCCACUGAAAGCCAAGCAACCAACGAGUUCCAGGUCUUCGUCAAGGGAGCUCCCGACGUCCUCCUGCCAUCCUGCACCGCCUACUGGUCUCGCAAGUCAAAAUGUGUCAUGCCCCUCGACGGUCCCGCAAAGGUUGCCUUCAAGGAAUACCAAGACAAGUUGUCCAAGAAUGCCGAGCGUGUCAUUGUCCUCUGCAUGAAGAGCAUGACUGUUGACGAAUCCAUUGGCACCAACAGCUUUGGCGACGAGGUUACCAGCCGAGCCACCGAAGACCUCACAGUUGUCGGUAUUCUUGGUAUCACUGAUCCCCCUCGCCCGGAGACCCUCAGCACCGUCCAAGAGUGCCGUCGUGCUGGAACCAGAUUCUUCAUGGUUACUGGUGACUAUGGUCUCACUGCCGCUGCCAUUGGCCGCAACGUCGGCAUCAUCACCUGCGAGCGGGACCCUGAUACUAUCGACACCAUCAAGGCUAACAACGACAUCGAUGCCGUUAAGAAGCUGAAUGAGGCCCGUAUUACUGGCGAGUGCAACAGCCUUCUCCUUGAGGGACAGAGUCUCGGUUCUCUCUCCGAUGAAGACUGGAGCAUCAUCUGUGAAUAUCAAGAGAUUGUCUUUGCGCGAACGACGCCUGAGCAGAAACUCCGCAUUGUGGAAGAGUUCCGGAAGCGCGACAACGUUGUGGCUGUGACUGGUGACGGAGUCAACGACGCGCCCGCCCUUCGCGCCGCUGAUGUCGGUGUCGCCAUCGUCUCUGGAAGUGAUGUUGCCAUCGAGGCAGCUGAUCUUGUCUUGCUUGAUCGUUUCGACUCCAUCAUCGAUGCCAUCCGUCUCGGCCGUCUCGUUUUCCAAAAUCUGCAAAAGGUCAUUGCCUACCUUCUCCCGGCCGGUAGUUGGUCUGAGAUUUGGCCCGUCAUUCUCAAUGUUUUCUUUGGCGUACCUCUCCCACUGAGCUCGUUCCUCAUGAUUAUGAUUUGUGUCUUCACCGAUCUGUUCUUGUCUCUGUCUCUGAUCAUGGAGAAGGAAGAGUUUGAUCUUCUUUCGCUGCCCCCUCGAAACCAUAAGAAAGACCAUCUCAUUAACCUCAAGAUCUACGGCCAAGCAUACCUCUUCACUGGUACUGCCGAAACUAUCUGCGCCCAUUCCAUGUUCUUCUUAUAUAUGUGGAAGGCGGCCGGCAUUCCUGUUCACCAGCUCUUCUUCCUUUUCGAGGGCUACACCGACGGCUUUCACGGCUACACUCAGGAUCAGCUCAACCAGUUCAACUACACCGGCCAGUGCGUUUACUUUGUCACCCUCGUCAUCCUCCAAUGGGGCAACAUUCUCUCUGUGCGCAACCGCCGUCUCAGCAUCGUCCAGGCCGAUCCAUUUACCCAAAAGCGUCGCAACCCUUGGCUGCUCCUCAGCAUGCUCAUCAGUCUUGCCAUUGCUAUUUUCGUCACCGAGGUUCCAGGCCUCCAGACAUUGUUCCUCACGGCAUCGGUUCCCAUUGAGUAUUGGUUGAUUCCUAUUCCCCUAGCUCUGGGUAUUUUGGCCCUAGACGAGUUCCGCAAGUUGAUUGUUAGACUUUUCCCUAACGGGCCUGUUGCUAAGGUUGCGUGGUAA